AUGCCUACUGCUGGCGAUGCUGCUGCUAGUGCUGCUAAUUUCAGGCCCAAUGAUGUGCUGCUGCUGCUGCUGCUGCGACAAGGUAUAAAUGGUCAAACAUCGCCAUCAAGUACCAGUAUUAGCUACAACCACAACCACAGCCACCUCGACAGCCACCAAAGAACUGCACCCGGAGCAUCGCCAUUUGCAAAGCACGUUGGCCCUCAAGCACAUGACGCACAUCCUGCUGUAGCGGCCACUUAUCAAGACUUGGAUCCAGCUUCAACCCCUUUCUCCGCUACUUUCAGCCAAGCGCACCACCAAGAAGAAGAAGAAGAGGCAGAAGAAGGAGAAGCCCAAGAGGGAAUGGACUAUGACUCAGCGCUAAACUCUGUCGUUUCAGCGCCAAUCAAGGGCAUCUCGGAUUCAGAUGACGGCUCGGGCGACACCUUUGCCAAAACCAAGGCGACGACGGUUUCAUUCUACGAGAGAUUUUUCGUUGGCGACCUUGUCAAGAACUUUGCACCCGCUUAUUUCGUCUCGGUUAUGGGCACAGGCAUAUCGUCUUCGUUGUUGCACCAUUUCCCCUUCCCCGCUAGGUGGUUGACCUAUGUUUCAUACAUUAUGUUUGCCGUUUGCUGCCUUUUAUUUUUAUUCAAUGUUGUUUUAUUUGUUGCCUCUUGCUGGUAUUUCCCAGGUAGAUGGAGAAGCUAUCACGUGGAUCCGUUGCAGGCUUCCUACAUGGGAUGUUUCAGUAUGGGCUACAUUACAAUUGUCAACUAUAUCACGAUCCUAGUCAAGGGCCACCACAUGUAUCUCGUGUGGACGCUUUGGUGGAUCGCCGUCUUUCUGGCGGUUUACACCAGUUUUCUUAUCGUUUACUUGGCCUUCUUUUCCAAAUUGAACAAGAUGGAAUUCGACGCCAAGCUCAACGCCACGUUGUUGUUGCCCAUUGUCAGUAUCACUGUGGUGAGCUCUUCGGGGCACAUGUUGGAGUUGGACUUGUACCACCAGAAUGAAGUCAUCGUCACCAUGGUUGUCAGCUUUAUGCUCUGGUGUCUUUCCAUAUCCUUGGCGUUUAUGAUUAUGACCCUUUACGUUGGAAGACUCAUUAUGCACAAGAUCCCGCCCACAAACUUGAUCUUUACCAGCUUCCUCCCCGUGGGGUUCUUGGGCCAGUCCUCGUACUCAAUCUACCUAUUUGGCAAUAAUUUAAACAAGUAUGUACCUGAAGAAUUGCUUUACGGCAAGAUUCUUCUUUGCAUUGGCGGCUUUUUCGGAGUGUUUUUGCUUGCAUUGGGCUACUUUAUGACGUUUAUCGCCGUGGCUUCGAUCUUUAGCAAGAUCAAACCGUUUGCCAAGACCCCCAAUGCAAACCACACCAACAAGUUGGGAUUAUUGAAGCACAAUAAGGGUUUUUGGGCAAUGACGUUCCCUCUCGGAACAAUGAGUUUGGGCAAUAGCGAAGUUGGACUUGGCGGGGUGGGAAACCACCCUUUGCUCGCUUUCAAAUGGAUGAGUGCCAUCUUUGCCGUGGCUUGUAUAUUAGUUACCACGGCAUGUCUCGUUGGGUGUGUGAUUUAUGCUGUCGGCAAAAUCCACCAGGAAGUGCGAUUCUACUGGGGCAAUCGUGGUAAAAGAGGAAGUGUUGCAAAUAAAGCGGAACUAGCAUAG